AUGGCCUACCAUGAGCGAGUUACUACAUAUUACUUCAUCACACAGCCAUUUUCCAUCCACCUCAAACAAGACACAAGCCUGUGUCAAGACGCCAAUGCAAUGCGAUGCGAUUGCACAACCCAAGGUAUGUCCAUCAUCUUCAAGGGACAGUAA